AUGGGCCAGGGCAGGAGUAAGCGGGUGGAUCGCGCACCUGCCGCUGGGUUGACUUCACGUGCGGGAAUUAUUCUGGAAUAUGUACAAGGUGGUGAGCCAAAGACCAGAUCUAUAGAUCUACUUAAUCUUAGACCUGACACAGAUGCCGUAGCCUUAGUAGAAGAAAUUCAAAAAGGAGAACCUCUCAUCACAGCUUCGUGCAAGGAACAUGUCAUACAUUUAGUACGAAGAUUGCAAGAGAAGCUAGGGGGAAAAGAGGAUCACAAGUUCUAUCUUUUUAAGGUACUUAGAGCACAUAUAUUGCCACUGACUAAUGUAGCAUUUAACAAAUCUGGUUCCCGCUUUAUCACUGGAAGCUAUGACAGAACCUGCAAAGUAUGGGAUACUGCAUCAGGAGAAGAGCUACGUACGCUGGAGGGACACGGAAAUGUUGUCUAUGCAAUAGCUUUCAAUAAUCCCUAUGGUGACAAGAUUGCCACUGGAUCUUUUGAUAAGACCUGCAAACUGUGGAGUACGGAAACAGGAAAAUGUUAUCAUACUUUCAGAGGACAUAGUGCAGAAAUAGUAUGUUUAUCAUUUAACCUUCAGAGCACGUUGGUGGCAACUGGAAGCAUGGAUACCACUGCCAAAUUAUGGGAUAUAGAGAAAGGAGAAGAAAUAGUCACUUUAAGUGGGCACUCAGCAGAAAUUAUUGCGUUGUCUUUCAACACCACUGGAGAUAGGAUUAUCACUGGCUCCUUUGACCAUACAGUAGCAGUGUGGGAUGUUGGCACUGGCAGGAUGUUACAUACUUUAAUAGGUCACCGAGGAGAGAUUAGCAGUGCACAGUUCAACUGGGACUGUUCUCUUAUCGUCACUGGAUCAAUGGACAAAACAUGCAUGCUGUGGAAUGCUAUAACUGGGACGCAUAUAGCAACUUUAACAGGUCACAGUGAUGAAAUAUUGGAUGUCUGCUUUGAUUAUGCUGGCCAGCGUAUUGCAACUGCCUCCGCUGAUGGAUCAGCAAGAGUCUAUAAUGCAGAAACAAAAAAGUGCAUUGCGAAGCUAGAAGGGCAUGGAGGUGAAAUUUCAAAGAUAUGUUUCAACCCUAAAGGCAAUCGUGUCCUAACAGCCAGCUCUGAUAAAACAGCUCGACUCUGGGAUGCUGCUACUGGAGACUGCCUUCAGAUAUUAGAGGGUCACACUGAUGAGAUAUUCUCCUGCGCUUUCAAUUACAAAGGCGAUAUAAUCAUUACAGGGAGCAAGGAUAACACCUGUAGAAUAUGGCAGUGACUGAAGACAAGGAAAGACCCAGUUUGGU